AUGGCUACUGGCAGCCCUCGAACGUUGGCCUCCAACGGCGCGCAUCAGAAUUGCAGCAUUACCAUUGUCUGCCCUCUACAUGGCGACCACGGCCCAUACGUUUUCAAUGGACAGCACGAUCUGAUUAUCAACCACUCAAGGGUACUAGGGAACCAAUUAAACGCCGGCCAGCAUCACAUUCAUUUGGAUUAUUCUCACCGCGAAUAUGAUUGUUCCACGCUUAAGACCAUACUUAAAACAUGGACAAAUCAGGAGUUCACUCCGCUCCUGAAUACCGACCCGUUCGUGGCUCUGUAUCUGCUGUCCAAGGCCUUAUGGGAGUACCAAUGCCGUCCCAACUGGUUUCAGGGGUUUGCGGAUGAGAUUCGAGACCGCUAUUGGGCAACAGACUUCAAAUCUGGCGGCUAUUCUGACACUUGGGCAUUGAUCGCACUGGUGUUCGGUUGGGAGGAUGUAUUUGCACUUGCUUCCAUGGACGUACCUAGCUUGGGUAUUCAACCGCGUUUGAAUGGUUCAUCUUCUCAAGAGAUUCAAAUUGCCCAAAUAGUUGGCGAAAGAGACUAUACUGAUCAAUUCUCAUCAACAUAUAACUUCGUCAGAAACAGAUGCGGUGAAUUGUCAAACACGAAUCGACAGGUUUUCAAUCGAUUACUCAAAUGUUUCGAAGAAGAGGGUAUUAUCAUAACGUCUGACCAGGAGGCAAACAUCAGAACUUUACGUCCACUUGGCAUUGUCGGUCUGCUUCGAAUGUUUGAGAGUUUUCUCGAGCGGGAUGCACAGUCGCCCAGACCUAGAGUUACCACCCCGGGCAAUAGGAUUCACAGACCUGUGUUAUGGAGGAUGUUAUCCAGCGUCAAACGCAAACGCAACAGCCAAGCAGCCGAGCCCACAAGCAUUCAGGAUAGUUUGGAUCCCACUGAGCGAGCCCUUCUUUCAUACAUCAAAGAGCAUCGCGAACUCAGCCUCAGCAAAUUCCUUGAGCGUAAUCGCGACGCUGGCCAGCGAUUUCGAAAUCUUCGAAACCAUAAUCUGCUCCUGGAUGACGAGGGAGCGAACUCCAAUAGAUCCGGCAGUGUUGCCAGGCACACAUUGCUACCUCCGAUUUCACCUGUUGGGCCUCUCCAUCGAGAACUGGAUGGGGCGCAAGAACUGGAUAGGGCGCGAGAACUGAAUGGGGCGCAACACGAAUUACACAAUCGAACCACCGCGGGCAGUCCCCACUCCUCGGGCUACUUCCACUCCUCAGGCUGUUUCCAAUACCCAUACUGUAUCCACUCUCCAGGCUUUUUAAAUUCUCCCGGCGUUUUCCACACCCCUGACUGUAUCCAGUCUCCAGGCUCUUUUUACUCUCCAGAGUCUUUCCGCCCCUCAUGCUCCUGCCGCCCCGCAACACCACCUCCUUAG